UAGGUCAAAAUUUGCAGCUCUCCACCGGCAAGUGGUGGUGUCUCCAUCUGAGUGAAACAUUUUCGAGAGGGACGUUUAACAACAAACAAGCAAACAAAAAAAUGGAGGUACAUGUACGUUCGUGGUUUUCAUCUGUAUUAAGAUCAAUCUUAAUUCCGUUUUCAAGCGGUAAAUCAGAAAGUGAUGAAAAUGAAAAUGAUGUGGACGAAGAGAUAUCACCUACUCUGACCUUUGCACAUUUGGUGUCUUGUUUAUGUGUGGUUCUUGGUAUUUAUUCCGGGAAGCAGACGACUAAUGAUACUGCGCGAUUUGUCGUCUGGGGAUUGGUUAUGGGACUUGUCAGCUGCGGAGUAUUAGCAUUAUUUGUCUUGAUAUUCUCCAACUCUUUUAUACACAACGAGACCAACAUACUUAUACCUAAAGAUUAUUCUCUGAACUUGAGGAUUAUAUUUCUGUGGAUUUUUGGGUUGUCUGUCAUUUUGCACAGCGCCGUAAACUUAGCUAUCACUAUAGAAUGUUUUUACUUAACGUCUCAAGAUGCUAUCAUGUACAUAGGAAUAAUAAGCACACUUAUGUUUAUAUUUUUCAUAAUCUUGCAAAUUGGAACAAUAACGUAUUUCAGAAAUUAUCAUUUUAAAAAAUCAACCCAAGUCAAUUUUGCCAUUGUUUUUUUGUCACUAGCAAAUUUUGCAGUAUGGUUUAAUUCUGUUGUGAGCAGUUUGAAUGGUACGUAUUCAACAAACCCAAACGCCACAGUCAACAUGAGUACUUUCCAAAAAGAGACAGAAUGCUUUUUCAGUUCUAAAAUUCAAACAGAGUUGGCUCAAAAGCUUCUUCCUUUCCUUUUGCCAGCUCGAAUGGAAUUUUUUAUUCUGGCAUCAAGUUUUAUCCUUUCCUUCUGGCAUUCUUCAUCAGAACAACAGCAGUGUGAAAUUCAUUUUGAUCUAGAAGAGACUGGAACAGAGGAAUCUCAGGAAAUAUUACCGCUUUUGCCUCGCAGUUCUCAAAAUCGGGCUAGUAAUGUUGUUGUCAUUAUGAUUUCCGUCAUCCUGAAUCUGCCCACGUUUCUGACUUGGCUUCUCCUGUCUUUCGUGUACACAGACAACAAUGAAGGAUUAAGCAAUUCUUACGAAAUAUGCAAUUGUAUCAACUCCAUUGCAACAAUUAUAAUUGUUUACAUUGCAUUUGACCAUUUGUCGAAAACAUAUUCCAUGAGUAAAUAUCAGCGUCCUCUUACAACAAGUGAAACGAUUCUUGUGUUCAGCUCUGCUGGUGUAGUGGCAUAUAGUACUUAUGGCCUGCUGUUUGGCUUACAAGGAAACGUCGAAGAACAUUUGGCCAUUCUUUUUAGAAACUUUAUUGAGAUAAUAGAGACCUUUUUACAAACAUCUCUAUUGAUACAGUGUCAACGAUACAUACUAUCUGAGCGAAAAUCCCCACUUCUUUCGUCCUUUGCAUUAAUUUUGACGAUAACAAACUUAAUAAAUUGGUUUCUCUAUUCCAUCUAUCAAAAUGUACCAACGGAAGGGCGAGAGAAAAUUGUUGGUAAUAGGCGGAAUUGGGCAUAUGUUCAAACGAUUCUUGUCCCAUUGCUAAUUUUUUAUAGAUUUACGUCUGCUUUGAAUUCAUAUUCACUAUAUCAGUUGAUAAAACCAUAAUUCAAUUACAAUAUCAACAGGAUUGACAUGUUUUAGAUACACGUUUGCAUGUAAUAUAUACCUUUUAAAUAUGCUUAGUAUC